CUUCCUCGUGCUCCAGCUCAGUACGGACCACGCGACAGCUCCUUGGAAAGAGAACACCCUCGUCCCAUAAUCCAUUCAAGUGGCCCGGAAUCGCCCACGUUUCCUUAUCUUCCUCGCUUCUAUACAUCCAUCCAAGUUCUCAUUCUGAAGCACCGAAAAUAUCAAAACCCCAGAAACUGUUCACGGUUCAGUGAUUCAAGCAGGAGGCAGAGUCAUUUGGCAACAGCUGACGAUGGAUUUCCAGGAACUGCGGCGGCCAGGAGCUUCGGCGGAGGGCGGCGGGCCGGCGGCGCCAGGCCCUGCGACAACUGCGGGUCCGCGGCGGCGGCCAAGGUGUUCUGCGCGGCCGACGCGGCCUUCCUCUGCCUGGCCUGCGACGCCGGCGUCCACGGCGCCAACGCGCUCGCCUCCCGCCACGAGCGCUCCUGGGUGUGCGAGGCGUGCGAGCGCGCGCCGGCCGCCUUCGCGUGCAGGGCCGACGCCGCCGCCCUGUGCGCCGCGUGCGACGCGGACGUGCACUCCGCCAACCCCCUCGCCGGCCGCCACGUGCGGAUCCCCCUGGAGCCCUUCCGCGACGCGGCCGCGGCCGCCGAGGGGCCCUUCGGGACGGGCUCCGUCCCCGACUUCCCCGCCGCGCCCGCAGUCGGCGACCGCUGCUGCGGCGCGUGGGGAGGGCGGGAGGAGGAGGAGGACGAGGAGGAGGAGGCGAGGUCUUGGCUCUUGCCGAACGCGACGAAGAUCGCGAAAGGUGCCGGAGCGGAAGCCGGAGAUGCGUUCUGGAGUGAAGUCAACCCGUUCCUCAAAUUCGAGUGCGGCGGCUCGACGGCGAUCCGCAGAAUCGACGGCGAGUGUCUCGUGCCGGUUCGGUACCCUCAUCAGUCCGGCGAGUGCUUCGACGUCGACUUCAGCACUUCCGGCGACCUCUCGCCCUCGAGCCAAAGCGUAUCGACGUCGGUCGAUUUCGGAGUAGUCCCCGACGAGAGCCCCGCGCCGCCGGAGACGCCGUGCUCCUCCGGCCGGGCGGCUCACCAGCUGAGCGGACCGGAUCGGGAGGCGAGGGUGCUGAGGUACCGCGAGAAGAGGAGGAGCCGGCGGUUCGAGAAGACGAUACGCUACGCCUCGAGAAAAGCCUACGCCGAGGUGAGGCCGAGGAUCAAGGGCCGGUUCGCGAAGAGGGAUCGGGUGCUCGAGACGGAGGACGAGAGCGCCGCCGCCGCCGCCGCCGCCGCCGCCGGCGUCUAUGGGAUCGCGGCAGAUGCCGAGCACGGCGUCGUCCCCACGUUUUCGCAUGUGCCGAUGAAUUAAGCUAACGAUGCAUGUGAGGUAGUUUGACCGAUGACGCCGGAACAUUCAAUACUUCAUGUGAGCUUGUCGUUAUUCCUUUUUUUGUUUUUUUCUUUUUCUUUCUUAUGAAAAUGUUCUAAUUAGUCUUCGAAUUUUGUUUUUUUUGAAUUUGUCAUUUUGUUGUAAUAUAUAUGAAUGGGGUGCUGACGUCGAAUUUCGCAUUAGGUCCACGUCUUCUCUAAGUGGAUAGAUAGUUAUAAUGUCAA